UUUAAUCAUUUUUUUAUUUUUUGAUAACACCAUAUAAUCCAACAUCCUAGUUGUAUUUUUUGUAACCGAUUUAAGUGCCGUUACAACCGUUCGCCAGCAUUACUCACCACUUUUUGCCGCGCUUCCGGUAGAUAAAUGUCAAACGUCAGAGUUGUCAAAAUAUAACCUGCUUUGUGCAUUAAUUUCGUGUAAUAUUUUCGUUAUAACAGAACAUUCUUCCCUUCUCGUUGCAUUGAUGCGUUAUGAACUAAAAACUUUAUUGGUAGUGUGUUUUGAACCUCUUCCCCCCAUUCUACAAAAGAUCAAACUCAGGAAUGUUUUCUAAUGGCCUAACUUGCAACCUUCCGUUCAGUUGUAUGAGUGUGACUCGAGACUCGGGCUCUGAUGAACUUCUUCCCAACAGAAUGGCUCGUGAACCUGUCUUGCUGAACGUCUAUGAUAUGUACAAGAUCAACGAGUAUACUUCUAACAUAGGCCUUGGCGUGUUCCACUCUGGAGUGGAGGUUUACGGGACUGAAUAUGCGUAUGGGGGGCACCAGUACCCCUUCACUGGCAUAUUUGAAAUUAAUCCCAGGGAUGAGCGGGAUUUAGGAGAUCAGUUCAGAUUUAGGCAAACCAUCCACAUUGGCUACACCGAUUUCACGGAGGAAGAAGUCAAAAGAAUAAAAAACGAACUCGGAAAGGAAUUUCGCGGGGAUCGCUACCACCUAAUGAAUAAUAACUGUAAUCACUUCUCUGGGGCUUUCACCAAGAUUCUUUGUGGUCAAGAUAUACCGCCGUGGGUGAACAGACUAGCAUACUUUAGUAGUUGGGUGCCAUUUUUGGAGCGCUGUUUACCCAAAGAAUGGCUAAUGCCAAUGGCCUUGCAACAUUCGUUAAACCAUAGGAAAGACUCAACUUGUUCAGAAUCAUCAACGUCACCCUAUUAACCCUUGCCAAAUCUGUAGGGACGUUAAAUAAUGAAGUGGUAAACAUGUAUUAUAAGAAAAUAAUUUUAUCUGUUUAAAGUAAUCAUCUGUAUUUAACUUUUAACCCGUUUUGCAAUUAUUUAUUGUAUUGUUUCGUGGUGGCCGUGGAGAUUGCCCUAUUCAUUGUUUUGCAUUUGUCUUUUAACGAAACAAGCCAAAGAAAUCGUGAACAUUGUAAAUAAUUUUUAAUUUACACCGUGCUUUCAAUUUAAUUCGUGAUUAAAGUGGCCUAUGACUUUGAAAUUAACUAAAUUUCAAAUUCACAGUUCACAGAAGUAAAUAGGAAAUUACUCGUUAAAUAUUUCGACAUUGCUCUUGGAAAAAUUUAAACCAAUUUUAAGACAAAAGUUGAGAAUUGGCCUUGGUUUUGCGUGUUACGAGAACACCACUUUUUCAAGAGAAAUGCCGAUAAUAAUUGUGCAGUGACCUGUAAUAUAUUUUUGGUUGAUUCCCUAGGUCACUUGUGUAAGAUACUUUAGAACUAGUUCUAGGACAGUUGAAAAUGAUAGACGAAGUACAAAUGUGUCGUACAUUUUUCAGAGUGACAAUUUUUCUUGCAGUUGCGACCGUAAAUUUGCGUUGAAUCACUUUAAGCGUAAAAAUUGUGUUCAUAAAUUGUAAAUAAAAGAGACAUGUUGACACAAAUUAAUUUAUUUUGUUCACUGAAGUUGAAUAGGGGACCUUCUGUGUUGUCCAAGAAUAUAAGACUGUGUUUGUCAAUGUUUAUAUUUCUACAACAGUACAAACGAUUCAUGAAAUAGAUUUUCGCACCAAAAAAAACAGUAACCUGUGAUGCAACGGAUUAUUUGGCUCAAAAGGUAUUAGAAAAUCUGCCAAAAUAAAUGCACUUUGCUUUUGAUUUUUCUGUGUAGUUCAUAAUUGAUUUGUGAUUAACUAUUAUUUAAUAAAAUUUUAUUCAAGCAA